UUUCAUUAUAUAAUCUUCGUGUUUACAGGCACGGAAUAUAGUGACGUGGGAAAUAACGCAAAGAUGUCUGUCUGAAAUAAUUUCAAAAACGGAAAUGUCAAUUCCUUGUCUUGUGCUGCUCUUCAAUUGCAGUCACUUUAAUUAGUCAUUUGACAAUACAUGCAUAGAAUAAAAGUAUACACAAUAUCCCGAUGAUUUUAGGAAGAUCGAUUACGCUCUUAAAGAUGCAGGUAAUAAACUUAACGGGAUUUUUGGAAAUGUAAAACGCGAAUGUAGAGCAAGAAUUGAUCGCCAUGUGUUAUUUUGAACGUCGUAUAAUGGCAUUCCAAGAAGUUGGCGAACUUAUUUCUUCUUUAAGUAGCUUCAUCUGCGGAUGAAGAGACAGUUUUCCAGCGUAAUUAAAUAUUGAAGAACCGUGUAGGCUUUCAUUUGAAUAUGUUUUCCAACAUGUAAUUAUAUGAACUCACGCUCGAGUGUCGAUGAUAUAUGGUAUCUUGUAAGAAAGAGAGAUCUUCACUCUAGAAAAAUCUUGAUUUCAGUGAGAACAUUUCAUAGACUUUUAUCAAAGUAGCGGUACUUCUAAAAUAAUGCAAAAUAUUUUGCUCUCGAAAUUACGGAAAUGGAAGGCAUCGAAGCGAUAUACCUUCCGGCCAGCCCUGCCCGAGACCGAUGGGUUUUUCCCAUCCCUACUUUGCGGCUGUAUAGCUUGGAACUUAUUGCUGGAGGCUCCAUCGUACUGUUUGAGAGAGCGAAGCAGCGCAUGUGCAUUAGAGGACGCGCCAGCAGACGCUAUUCAGACCUCAGUCCUGUAUAGAUUUCAUUUAUAAGAGGCUUCGUCAGACCCUUCGCGAGGAGAGACGGUACACAAUGUUGAAAUAAGUAGGUAACAUCUAUAUAGAAUUCUCUCCAUUAAAUAAGAAAUGGUAAAUCAAAUCUGUAUUCAUUUAUCGUAAUCCAAGUCGCUGCAUAAAUAUAUAUAUUAUGCUUUCUUUCAUGAUAUCAAUUCUACAGGAGUCUCAGGAAGAGGUGCGUACGGGUCUGUCGAGGUCGGUCACGUGAUGGACGACGUAUUUUACGCGUCUACGAUAUGCACGUCGUUAUUUACACGCUUGCUACCGAUCAGUUUGUUUCGAGACGCGGGACGAUGAGGUUCGUCAACCUUCCCACGUCCACGAUCCAACGUCACGACGACGAAUCAAUCGACCAGGCCGUCUUCCGUUCACGCGACCAGGAUCAGCUGACGCUGACAGGCGAAUAUCUUCCGUGAUGCGGUGAAGAGCGUCGUGCGAAACAGAGCUGGAGGAUAGAAGAGUCUAGGAAGGUACAUAGAACGGAUAUCCAUCUCGGGAAAAUGAACAAUGCUAACACGGAGCGAAGGAGCAGGAAGAAAGGGACCUCAUAAGUAAUGUCAAAUAUAUGCAUCGACGAACGACAAUAGCCAUCAUCCUGGAAACUGAACGACAACAAAGGCGAAGAUCCUGAAGAGUAUCACGUCGAAUUACGCGCGUGAUAAGAGCUCUAUUAAAUUUCAGCGGUGCUUUUCAGAGACGCUACCCUUCCUUUGGAAUCUUGGGAUCGAACAGAAAAUCUUUUUAUCGAAAAAUGUGGUACUCUCCGAGCAAGAUCGCUCGGAUAGAGGAACGAGAGGAUGAUGGCAGGAAGCAGCGAGAUGACAGCGGAUUGGCAACGACGAGUAACGACGACUCCGGAUUCCUGUCGGUCGGCAAUGUACAAUUCAGCGGGGAGAUUCCAGGACAGACGAGGGGUUGUUUGCAGCAGGAAGUCGCUCCGAUGAUGCCGGAAGCGGCGACGACCUCCUCGUCCUCGAUGGCAACGAAGGAAUCAAUCAGGACAUCCGACAGCGGCGUCGUGGACGUCGAACUCAGCGACGAUCUGGACCGGCUCACCCUGAGUGGGAGAUUAAUUCAGUCCGAGUCGAAGACCCUCGAGCUGUCACACGUGGAUGCUCGUGUGAUAGAUGGAGAGCAGCGUCGACAAGGUGACGUUGAUGACGAUCAGUGCUUGACGAUCAACAAGGAUCUCUGGCAGUUCUAUUCCAAGGAUGGCGAUGGUGACACGCAAUUGCACAUCGCAAUCAUGCAGGGCUACGUGCAGGCUGCGCUAAUUUUGAUAAGUCUAGCGCCUCAUCCACGUCUAUUGAACAUCAUGAACGACCACCUACAAUCGCCCUUACAUUUGGCGGUGUUGACGCAGCAACCAGUAAUUGUUAGACGUCUGGUCCUGGCGGGAGCGGAUCUAUCCUUGAGAAAUUUCCGUGGAAACACGGCUCUGCACCUGGCUUGCGCGAGCGGAGAUCUCGCUUGCGCUAAAGCUCUCACGGAUCCACUGUACCCGAUGGAGAGGAAUAAACUGAUACCCGAGCAGAAAGUGCCCGCUUUGCCUCAGAACUUGGAGCAAAUCAAUUAUAACGGCGAAAUGUGCUUGCACGUGGCCGUGAUCAAUGGACACGUGAACCUGGUGCGUCUUCUGCUGCGUCUCGGCGCCGAUCUCGAGGCGAAGGAGUGCUUGGCAGGCAGAACAGCACUUCAUCUCGCGAUAGAACGCAAAUGCUGGGCAAUAAUCACCUUCCUGCUGAAGGAGUGCGAGCCCUGUCUGGAUACGAAGACGUACAGCGGUCUGACGGCUUAUCAGUUGGCUCUUUACACCGAUAGACAGCUCGCCAGGGAGCUGCUGCGACACGGCGCGAAAGCGGAACCGUUGCCCGAUUCGGACUCCGAGAGCAGCGACGACGAGCCGAAUUACGUAUCUACGACAAAUAUUCUCCAACUGAAAAACGUGCAGAUAUUGAAAGUUUGAAGGGGAGAGAAAUGUCCAAAUAAAUAACGUAAGUCGAUCAAAUACCGGAUCAAUUACCGAGAGAAAGAGUGCACGCUAUAUAAUAUGUAUAAAAAAAUGUCCUGGAGUUGCAUAAACGCGCUUAUAAAAUCAUCUUUAUCAGACAAAUUGAGACGGACAAUUAGAACGGAUGCUAAAGUUUGUCAGUCCGAAAAAAAAAGAUAUAAAAAUUGCAUUCUUAUUUACUCAGUCGCUUAAUUGAUUUUGCGCGUCGUUUUUUCGAAUUGAUAGCGAUACGUGCGAGAUAAGCUAAAGAAUGAAAGUUAAGAUCUCAGAAUAUUAACGAAUAUUCUAUUACUCUCUUUUUAUUAAUUUUCUGCGGAUAUGCAGAACAUCCUGUAUGUGGUACAUAGGAUGUUUCGAGAGAAUGUUGCAAAAAUAAUGCAAAGGACAUGCAUAUUUCAAUAAGAAUAUUGAUUUUACAAAAAUAUAUAUCAAAAAAUCUAUGAAUGUCAGAGAAAAGAAUAAUUAUAGAAUGCGAGAAUGGAAUAUCUGAUAUUUAGCUAAUAUGCGUAAUUUUACAGAGAAUUUUAUAGAGAUUCGAAGUUCCCCAUUCGGAACGGAUGUGUGACUGUAUGUACAAAAUAAACUUUAAAUCGAGAAGGAAUAAUUAAAUUCGUGUUUUCACGUGCGAUUUUGUAGCUGUACGAUUAUACGUUAUUAGUUCUAAUCAUAAUUAAUGUGCAAAUAAUACUAUAUAUAUAUAUAUACGAUAUAUUUAUAUUAGAAAAAAGAGAUCCAGAACGGUACGAUGUUUAUCAAACAACAAACAUUAACCGGAUCGGUGUUCAUUUAAUAGUAUAAGAUCGCUUCCAUCGACACUCAUAAAUUCAUUCUAAUUAUUUUCUGUACAUAUAGCUAUCUUUUGAUAUAGAGUCGUCUAAGUGUAUCACUGUCAUGAAAUAUAUUAAUAACAACUACAACGCGCGAUGACGAUGAUAUCAUUAUUGUUACAUUUGUAUGUAAAAGCUAUACAAUUA